AUGGGUCCUUUUCGAACUCGAACUGUGAUGGCGGUGCCGAUGGAACAGAACGACUUUUCAUCUAGUGCUUCGCAAAUGGGAUUAGAAGUGCCACUGAUGGAAAAGCAAUCAGGAUGGCAAGCACGGAGAAAACGAAAGCAACAGCAACAGCAACAAAAGCGGAAGAACGAAGAACAAGAACUUGCCAAGCAGCAACGAGUCCUACGCCAACAACGACAGCAGCAACAACAACAACAACAGCAACAACAUCAAACACAGAACUACUAUUCCAACAAGCCAUCUCCUUCUUCACCGCCAACUUCCAAGACGAAACAAAAUCCUGAUACACCUGAGACUAUCCCUGAUGAUGAAUUUGACGAUCCUUAUGAAAGCGAUCCUGGAGAGUCGUAUCGAGAUCGCUGUGAACGCAUGGAAGCGGAAUCCUUUCAACAGACUCGGUCCUGCUUGACGAUUCCGAAAUUCUUGACGAAUCCAAAACGAAGGUCAAGGUCCGAACCAACAAGAACCACAACAACCCCCUUGGUUGAAGAAAUUGCCAAUCAUGCCGACUAUAUAAAUCCUCAGUCGUUACCAAAGGAUUUGCAACAAUUGAAAUACAGCGAACAAAGCGAGAUUGGGGAUGGCUCGCAACCACAUGAUUGGUCUGAAAUAUCACAGCCAUUGAGGCCCAACCGGACGCAUCUGAACAUUAGUCAUUGGAGUGACUUUGGGAAACGAGGCUACAUGGAAGAUCGAUAUGCAAUUCAAAAUCUGGGGGCCGUCCAAGUCGAAGUCAGUCCGAUUCACAUUAAUUCCAAUUCACAAGACCAUCAGCACGAAGUGACACAGCGCACCAGCCGUCGUCUCAAACUGCCACUUACUUGGGUUGGAAUCUUUGAUGGGCAUGGAGGAGAAAAGGCCAGUCAGUUUUGUGCGGAUUGGUUGGCCAAGUACGUACAAAACGAAGAUUCCUAUCCCUUUGAUUUGGGAUUGGCCAUGAAGAAUGCCUUUACGUCGAUUGAUCGUGAUUUUGUCCAUUCUGGACAUCCGGACGGAUCCACGGCCUGUGCGGCAACACUGGUGGGUGGGCGUCGGAUUGUAUGUGCCAAUGCAGGAGACUCGAGGGCCAUUGUCGUGCGCAAGGACGGAUCUGUGGUGCGGCUGUCCCGGGAUCACAAGCCGGGUGUUCCGGAUGAAACGAAACGAAUCACGGAUAUGGGAGGCCGCGUCAUUUAUUGGGGCCGAUGGCGGGUGGAGGGACUCUUGGCAGUCUCCCGGAGUGUGGGUGAUGCCUCGUUGAAACCAUAUGUUUCGGCCGAGCCGGAAGUGUGUGAAUACGAUAUUGGAAAGGAUGAUUGGUUCUUGGUGAUCAGCAGUGAUGGCGUUUGGGAUGUCAUGGACAAUGAAGAGGCAGCCCAUGUCGUCAUCGCAUCGUCGUGCGUCAUGCAAGAUGGAAGACUGAAAAUUGAUACAAGACGAUUUCAAUGGGCCGCAAGGAAUCUUAUUGAACACGCAAAGUCUUGUGGAUCCACUGACAAUUUCUCGGCCGUCGUGGUGGAUCUAAAGAGCUGCGGCAAUCCAUCAUCCAAGAGCGGCAUCUAUGAACCUUAG